AAACUCACUCGGUCUUAUCCAUCACACAAAGGGUCCAGUCUUCUUUCAGUCGACACCACAAUCUGUCUAUCUAUACUUGACCUCGCCUGGUCACUGCACAUUUCAGUUCAGGGGUGCGAGCAGGCGUCUGCAUUCUGCUCCUACCUCCUCCUACUCGUACUUCUACUCAUACUUAUAUCUGCUCCGAGCCAUCCCUCUCCCACCAAAACAAACCCGCGCCCUCUGGCCUACCUUCAUUACAUCACAUAGCACACUACUUGGUCGAGAUCCGAUUGUACAUCUGUCCGUCUGUUCCAUUGUCCCACCUUGACAUCGCCGCCAUGUCCAACGACCGAGACCACAGCCCAACCUCGACCGGCCCACGUGAACGCCGGGGAUCUGUCACCACAGCUGCCUUCUCGAGCCUCUUUCAGCGUAGCAACUCGAGCUCGGCCGGAUCCAACGGUGUUCAACCUCUCAACUCAUCCGCCGCAGCUAGAGAUCCCCACCGGCGCCUUUCCGUCACUACCCUGGGUCUCUCGGGCGCUGCAGGUCCAGCCUCGGCCACGGGAGCUUUUGGUGGAAUCCGACGAGGAAGUAUUUCCACCAACAACUCGGACUCCAUCGAUGAGAACGCUAUUGAUGACGAUGAGCCAUCUGCACGCACAGCCCCUACCACCCCGUUCGUCCGACGCAUGAGUUUUGGUGCCAACGCACUGCGUUCCGUACGAUCUCCGCCAGCAGGUACCAGCCCUGGCUCUUCUGACCAAGGCUUCAAUUGGUCCGAGCAGCUUAGAUCCCGCGCCGAAAGCAGCGUAUCGGGCAUGCGCCCAUCCUUCAGCGGCUUGUCCGCUGCCGGUUCUCCUCCACGACCAGGAAUUGCUUAUCACGAUCGCGCCAAGUCCGUCUCCGAAAUGCCCGCGCCCCCUCAACAAGCUGCCGCCAUAAAGCCUAAACAGCCAGAGCAACGCAAACCCGACGCCAUGCAGGAGCGUAUCCUCAAGGGUGACUUUUACAUGGACUGAAUGUACCAAAUGUCCGGUUCGACUUUUGCAGGCAACUGAAAAAAGAAAUGAAAUGAAAAAAAGAAACCCAUUGCAGCUCCAGACAUCAGCUUGGCCAGGCGGCAAAACAACAUGACAUAUUACUGUUUGUAGCGGCCAGUUCACAGCCCUUCCGGGGAAGA